UACGCUAGCUGCUCGUUGUUCCUCUAUAUUCUUUGGUUACACGCAUACACACACACACACGCAACGACGGUAGAGCAAUAACAGUACGAUCAUUCUGCCUUUUUCAAAAGUCACAAAUAUUAAUUGUUUUGUUUAUGAUCGCGAUUUAUAAAACAUGAAGGUUUUAGUUACCAGUACUAACGGGCAAUAUAUACAACUUGAUGUAAGCCCAGACAUAGAGUUAGAAAAUUUCAAGGCCCUCUGUGAGAUUGAAACGGGUGUGAAUUCACAAGAAAUACGCCUUAUCCACGCGGGUAAGGUGCUGGAGGACAACAACAAAACGUUGGAACAAUACGGCGUAAAGGAUAGCGAUAUGAUUUUGUUGCAACCUUUAGGGGAGUCAGCUACCCGACAACAACGAGGUGCACCAGCACAAAGCACAGGCAUUGGAAUAGACUUCAGCCGGAUAUCGGUACCAGGGGCAUCUAACCAGCUGAGGACACCCCAGCCUAGAGUAUCGCAGCCUAGAGUGGCAAGCCCUACUCCUGCAGUACUACGCGACUCUCUGCUAGCUAACCCUGACCAAGUAGCUUUACUUAAGCAAAGAAAUCCAAGGCUAGCAGAUGCUCUCCUCAGUGGCAGUCUAGAUCAAUUUACAACUGAACUUGAGAGACAAAGAAGAGAACAAUCGGAGCGAGAUAGGGAGCAUAUAAGAAUGGCAACGGCAGAUCCCAUGGACCCCUCAGCUCAGGAAAAAAUUGCAGAAACUAUAAAACAAAACAACAUAGAUGCCAACAUGGAGGUUGCAAUGGAACAUGCCCCAGAGAGCUUUGGUCAGGUAAUCAUGCUGUACAUCGAUUGCAAGGUCAAUGGUCACCCGGUCAAAGCAUUUGUCGAUUCAGGUGCCCAAAUGACCAUCAUGAGUGCAGAGUGUGCCAAGCGUUGUAACAUCAUGCGUCUAGUUGACAAGCGCUGGGCUGGCAUUGCUAAAGGUGUUGGUGUGCAAAAAAUUAUCGGCAGAGUUCAUUUAGGCCAAAUACAGAUAGGACCAGAUUUUCUUCAGUCAUCCUUUUCCAUUCUUGAAGAUCAGCCAAUGGAUAUGCUUCUUGGUUUAGACAUGCUCAGAAGACACCAGUGUAGCAUUGAUCUUGAGAAGGUUGUCUUAAGAAUAGGAACAACAGGAACAGAGACCCCAUUCCUUUCAGAAGCUGAACUGCCACCAAGUUCUCGGCUCAACCGUUCAGCUGCACUUGGCGAUUCAGUAACCACAGCUGAAGACAGAGACAUUGCUGAAGCCCUUUCUAAGUCUGUUCGUGAGUCUACAGAUGGUGAACCCUCUACUUCUUCUGGGUUUUCAUUGCAAGACAUAGACAAGAUCACAAACCUUGGAUUUUCCCAGGAACAGGCUAUAGAAAAACUAACUCUAUAUGAUGGAAAUAUUGAAAAAGCCACCAAUGCACUUCUUGCUAAUUCUUAUGGUAAUGCAGGUGAGGAUUCUUCUAGAGCAACCUUCUCAGACAGUGACAUUAAAAAAAUUACUGAUGCUGGAUUUUCCAGAGAGGAUGCUAUUGCGCAAUUGCAAAGCAAUGGCGGCGAUGUAUCACUUGCUAUCGCAGCCUUGUUAGCAAAAUCACUGAAGGUACCAGGACAAUAAGAAUGUAGCUACAUGUCAGAUAAAACAGAUGAUUCUGUUUUAAGGAUUUUAACAGUUGUAGUCGAAGGAUAAGCCGUUGAAGAUGAACAUUUUGAUAUUGUGGGUUCUUCAACUAUAUUCACAAGUUACAGUAAUAUAAUCUUUGUUUAUAAAGAGAGACUCGGGGAUAGUGCAGUUACAUCUAGGGCUAUCAAUUGCCUAUAUUUCAACACGUAUCAUAGAAAUGUACGUAAAUCUACUAUCGAUACAGAAAAUGUUGAAUAAUGCUAUACUAGUGGGAACAUUGAGUAUAAAUGUAGCAUUGAAGGAUUAGUGGAAAUGAAUUUUGACAACAAAUUUUGUAGGAAGAAGUAAAGUAUUCUUUUUUACACAAAACUGAAUUGCCAACAGUUGUGGGAGAACUUGGUAGCAAUGGAAAUGCUGUAUGAAGAAGUAAUUUCAUUUUCCCUUUUUUUACAAAAGUAAACAAAAAUCUUUAAAAAAAGCGAAAGCUUAAUAAAUUAUUUGUAUGGUACAUAUAUUCAACUGCUUUUAAUGAAAAUAUAUGAUGUAAAGGCCUGUUUAUACUUCAACGAUAACAAUAAAAAAUCUGGAAAGCAAUUGUUCAUAUAGAAAAUAAAAGAAUUAAAAGAGAGGUUUUUACACCUGAAUGAUUCGAUAACGAUUUAUCAGUUAUGUGAUAACAACAUGUUUUGACAAAUCAAAUCAUAAUCAUGGAAAAACAUUAAAAUCGUAGUAGUAGAUUUUUAUCGUUUUUCCAUGAUUAUGAUGUCAUCUGAUUUGAUUUGUUAAAAUAUUUUGUUAUUGUAUACACGAUAAAUCUCGUAUUUCUUUUGUUUUCUAUGUCAACAAUCGCUUUUUAGCUAUUUUAUCGUUAUCGUUGAUGUAUAAACAAGCCUUAAGCCUAUUUUUUAAGUGGACCAAAGUAUUUAUAUGUUGUUAUUGUACUGUAUAUUCAUAUUCAAAUAUGCAAACUAUGGCACAUGUCAUUAUUUUAAGACUAUCUUAUUGUUAAAAUAUAAUAAAUGUUGGUGUUUUAUAAUUUAGAAGCAUAUAGAUGGGAAAACUGUUUUUCUAGAAGUUUCAAUUUUGAUGAUUCCACCAGUAUGAGAUUUUAUAUUUUAAUUUUGUCGGCUUUCCCACAAUUCCACAGAUCAAUUAAUAUGUACAAUUGAAUGUAAAAACAAAUUUGUCUGAAUUAACACAAAAAGUAAAUAUCAUUCCCAAAUUUAAAAUGCACAUUGAAAAUAGGGGUUGUAUAUUGCGUAACUAUACAUCAUUCAGAGAAAGCUGAAAGUGCUUAAAAAAGAAUAUUGGUUCGGUACCAAAAUAGUUACCUAGAUUUAUCCAUUCUCAGGAGAUUCUUAAAGUAAAUGUUUGAGUUUGAGCGAUUGGUGCAGCAGCUGCAAUUUGAACUUUGAACCUUAAAGGUUGGAGGUUCAAAAUCUCGCUGUGAAUUUUGCUUUUGCCCUUGUGCACUGUACCUUUUGGUUGUCUGUCGCAACCAAUAGUUUGCAGCUAGGCUUAGGUGCUAUUUACUAGCUGCAAUUUUAUAUGGCAUUCUCCACCAGGGUGCUGAAGCCCCUUCCAGGCUAUAAAAGUUUACUUGACAAAAACAUGCGACAUGCAUGAAUAUGUUCAUGAUGAAAUCGCAAUAAUGACUCUGUGUAGGCACAUCAUGACAGGCAUAACAACAUUUUUUUUGUCAAACAAAAUUUUAUGGUGUGGACAAAUCAUUAGUAUGUGUUCCAUUGUUUGAUCCAAUGACCAGGGAUAACAAUGUGAGGUACAUAGAUAACACAUUUUACAUAAAAGUUGGCUCGACUUGGAAACUGAUGCCUUUGAUAUUGUAAUAGGAACAUUUUAUUAACUCUUUUUUGAUGAUUUUUUUUUUAGUCUGGUGAAAUUUAACUUGCUUGAUCUACAAGUGUUUUAUUAUGGUCAUUGUGUAUCACUAUGCCAAUGUACGGUGUGAUUUUUUUUCUCUACAAACCCACACUGUACCACACUGCCUCUUGUUAACCGUCCUCCUCAGAUGUGUACUAAAUUAUGACAUUGUUUUACAGCCUGCAUGAAUACAUGCAUGUACUAUAUUCUUUAUUACUGUAUUCAUCUUGACUUGUUCAAACAGUAUGUUGUUUAUAUGCCCGUCUUUAUUAUAUCCAACACAUCACAAAGAAUGCAUGUUAUGUAGUGAAAAUAAUUUUUAACCCUGACAAAUAAAAGAUAUGCAUAUAACUGUAGCGAGUUGACUGCAUGAUAUUAUAGUAUAACUAGGUUUCUUGACAAAAUGUGCUAAAGUAAAUAUUUCAUGAAUAUAUGAAUCAAUUAUG